CUUCGAAGCUUGGUCGUUUAAGCAAGCUACAGCUUGAUGGACAAAGUCAGCACUUCCCUAAUUUUAUUUAUCAUGAACCUUGACUCUUUGAGUAUGAGUGGUGCUAACUUAUCACACAGCCUCAUCAAGAACUGAUCGUGACGUGACAAAAAUCUAUCAAUCGACACCCCUCCUCGCUCGCCAGUUAGCUACCGGUUUCUCUCUCGCGCGAGGAUGGCCGUCGCGGAGACGUCGAGCGGCGGCGGCGGCGAAGUCCACAUAUCGAUCCCGCCCAUGGCGGCCACCACCACCCCAGACGGGAUACGCGAGAGCUCGGCAGCACCGAGCCCCUUACGUAGCCGCGGUAGCACCCCGCCGCGGCAGCUCAAGGCGGCCCCAGCGCCUGCGGUAGCUGACACGCCGGCGACGGCCAUAGACAAGACGCUGGCGAGCGUCGCCAAUCUCGCGAAGCUACUGCCGACUGGCACCGCGCUGGCGUUCCAGUCGCUGUCCCCUUCUUUCACCAACCGGGGCGCGUGUCUCCCCUCCAACCGGUACCUCACGGCCGCACUGCUCUACCUCUGCCUCGUCUCGUGCGUCUUCUUCUCCUUCACCGACAGCUUCGUCGGCACCGACGGCAAGCUCUACUACGGCCUUGCCACGGUCAAGGGCUUCCUCGUGUUCAACUACACCGGCGACGAAGACGACGAGGGCGAUGCCGAGCGAAGGAGGCAGGUCUUCAAGGACCUCCGCAGGCUGAGGAUACGGUGGGUGGACUACGUGCACGCGGGAUUCUCUGCCGUGGUGUUCCUGACGGUGGCGUUCGGCACCGCCGCCGUGCAGAGCUGCUUCUUCCCCAACGCCGGGGAGAACGUGAACCAAAUGCUCAUCAAUCUGCCUCUCGGCGCCGGGUUCUUCUCCACCAUGGUGUUCCUUGUUUUCCCGACGACACGGAAGGGAAUCGAUUACACCGGGCAUUUCACCAAUGUUUAGCCUCGCAGUCGCAGGAAGCGUCGUUGACGCGUUGUGUGUGGUCGUCGCUGAACCUUAGCUUUCUUUCUCCCCGUUUGACAUCGACUCCGUUGUGUCAAGUUUAGAGAGUUUGUAUUAGAAAUAUGCCAUUCAGUUUUGGCCCUUUGUCUGGGCUCCAGCUUCCAUUGCAAUGGCGUUAAGUUUUGUACUUUUAAAUUGCAAUGGCGUUAAGUUUUGGCCCUUUGUCUGCUCCAGCUUCCUUCGCUGAACCUUAGCUUUCUUGCUGGGCCUUCGGCUUUUCCCUUGUAAACAGCAUCCUUCAAUCUCAUUUGAAUAUAUUCUAAAAGUGGCGGCUGGUA